CGGGGCUGCCAGCCAGUGGAGAGAGGGGACGAGAGAGGGAGAGGGAGCGAGAGAGAGAAAGAGAAAGAGGGGGAAGCAAUGGAAGUGGAGGAAGUGGUGGAAGUGGAGGAGGAGGAACAGGAGGAGGAGAGAUUCCGGGGCGUCUACAAAUGUUGAACGUCACGCCUCAUCAUCACCAGCACUCACACAUCCACUCCCACCUGCACCUGCACCAGCAAGACACAGCGGCGGGCGGGGUGCACCCCCUGAUGGACCCGUUGGCGUCGGGGUCUCCCCUGGCCCGCCUGCCCUACCCAGGGGCAACGCUGGGCACCCCCAUCCUGGCACACCCCCUCACUGAAAGCGAGGUGCUACGACAACAGCUCUUCG